AACAACGGCAGGCGAGCGAGAAAAAAAAACAACGGCACAGCAGAAACCAACACAACACACGUACUAUGCGCUCACGAGAUAGCGUCGACACAAGAGCGGCAAAGGCAUUGGCAUCGGCAUUACGCGAACAACACACCGACCGACCGUACACAACAACAACAACAACAGCAGCAGCAGCAGCAGCAGCAGGAGGAACAUCAAUAAUAACAAAAACACGGUGCCAUCGAAUGCACAGUGGAAUAGAAGCGCUCCAAUAUAUACGACGGUACGACUAUGGCCGUCUCGCUUUCAUGUGCGCAUUCUGUGUGUUUUGUCGAUAUAGUGUCGACGGCAAGAGUGAACCGCCGCCGUUGUCGUCGUCGUCGUCGUCGUCGUUGCUUCUCGUUCGCCUGCACACAGCCACAAUUUCGGUUCUAACACAUAGCCAUGCACGUAUUCUGUAUCGGUCGGGUACACCAAACCAAUGCCCGUCGUCUCCUUUUAGUUUUGCUGUUAUACUUGAACAGAUAAACAUUAAAACUUUUAUUCUGCCACAUUUAGAGCACUGCUUAUUGUGAAAUUGUUCAGUUUUGUUUCUGUUUUUCUUGUUCAUAUUAUUUUUCGGUAUAUUGUCUACUCGUCUCUGCGCUGUUUGAAAAUUUAUAUUCCUGUUUGGCCUGUGUAGACCACAGUGUUUAUUGUUGAAAUAUUAUAUUGACGGCGACAGCGACAACGACGACGACGAUACGCGCAUUUCUCUACAAGUGUCGAUGCUGUCACCGUUUGUUGAGUCCAUAUUCAAUUCAUUGCUCUGCUCUGAAAUAGUGCGUUGUUGUGAAAUAAUACGCGACACAAAUUGCAGAAAAAAAAACCCUGAACGAAAAAAGAAGGUUGUAGCCACAAGGGGAACCCAGAAGUAGCCAAAGAACACCGCAGCCGGAGAGUACCCAGCCAGAAAAUCGAAAUCAGCCGAAUCAUCUUGAAGAGAAAUAGCUUCGUGUGUGUGUGUGUGUUGAACUGUACCAGCGCAGCUAUUUUGCAUUGCAUUAUUCGCAUGCACUGUUUUCGUCAAACUGACAGACGGCGUUUUCUAUUGAACCGUAGUACAUUUGGAUUGAAACGAAAAAGACAACGAUUCAAUGCUGAACCAUUUGAAUACCGCGAUAAAAAUUCGGAUAAAAGUGAAACAAAUCGAUUUGGCGUCAAGUGCAAAGUAGAUCGUAGACAAAAGAAGCGACACCGAAAGGGACUCGAAUCGAAAGGAUUGAAGCCAAAGAGUCGUUCCCUUGCGAAAAUCGCACAAUACCCAGCACCAGCACCAGCACCACCAUCAGCAACAAUAGCAGCAUUAGCAAUUCGGCGACACUCUCAACAUUCAAAUUUUCGAAUUUGUUUGCUCAAUCAAUUGAUAAUUCAGCGAAUCAUAUCGUUAUUGAAAAAAGCCUACAAUUCGCAUACGAUCGCGAAGUGCGUGAUCUUAUCACCCAAUCAUACACAGCCAAUAUGGAUUUGGUCAUAAAAAACGACGGCAGCGCAUUGAAUUUCUUCCCAAAUUAUCAGCAAAUUGGUGCAAUAGCUUCGAAUUUCAUUCAGGACAACAUUAAUUAUGUGAAACUGAAUCCGGCAGACUCAUAUCAGAAUCGGCAUAUUGCAGCCGCGGCCGCUGCAGCUGCUGCAGCAACAAAUGUACCAACCAAUGUUAUACCGAACAAUACGGUUGUGCAUCAAGCGCCGCAAUCAAAUUUACUCGGUACGACAACAAAUGUCAUUACCGUUGCCCAGCAUCACAAAUGCAAUAUAUGCGAGAAGACGUUUGUCGAUGACAAUCGCCUAAUGAUUCACAUGAAACGACAUUCCGACAAAAAGCCAACGUCCUUCGAGUGCACCAUUUGCUUCAAGCUAUUUUCACAGGCAGGCAACUUGAAAACUCACUAUCGAAUACAUACAAACGAAAAACCAUACACAUGUGAUCUUUGCACGAAGGAUUUUCGACAGCUGAGUGGUUUGAAAGCACAUCAACGCACUCACCUCGAUUUUCGGCCAUACAAAUGCACCACAUGCACACAGGAAUUUCAUCAGUCGAGCGCACUUCGAGCCCAUAAAUGCCCUAACAAAGUCGAACCAACCACAUCUGAUGGUUCAGACGUACAGGAUAUGAUGGCCUAUAAAAUGCUACAACGUUUACCCGGCGCUGAGAAAACACUGAAAAAAACCAAAUCAAAACGGCAACCAAUCGACGAACAGAAUCCAAAUCGCGUCGUUAAAAUCGAAUACAAUCCAGAGGAUGGUAAUUUAUCAUUCAAUUGCGAUCGUUGCAGUCGGAAAUUCAAGCGACGAGAUCAUUUAGACAUUCAUAUGCUCAUCCAUACGAAUACGGCACAAUUCUUUGAGUGUACCAUGUGCGACAAGAAAUUUGUGCAGCUUGGUAAUUUGAAAACUCACUUGCGCGUUCAUUCGGGCGAAAAACCAUACCAAUGUUCGUACUGUGACAAGGGAUUUCGUCAGCUGAGUGGUUUGAUCACACACGAGCGCAUCCACAGUGACGAAAAACCGUUUCAAUGCUCUGCGUGUGAUCGACGUUUUCGUCAAUUGUCCGGUUUGAAUUCGCACAUAUCCCAUUGCAAGCAACUCCUGAAAAAUUUCUAAACGACAUCGUCGUCCGGCCGGCCGCACCAUGUAAACGAUCACCAGUGUUGCGUUCACAAUGCAAGAAAAUAAUCAAAAAAACAAGAAAUGAAACCGAUUGAAAAUCAUAUAUACAAGAAAAGAGAAUGACUAAUACAGGUUAGGAUGCGAAGUAUCUGAAUCAAAUUCAUUAUUUUGCAGCUAUGUUAGGAAAAGUGCUAUUAGAAUGCCCCCGCCAAUAAGAUAGUUAAGAAGCAAGCGAGUGGCAGCCAUGAAUGUGAAAACAAUUGUUGAAAGUCUAAGUGAAAUGAAGAAACGAAUAAACACUUUGUUAGAAUCGAUGGAGUCACACGGUGACCAUUCACCAUGUGUGAGGCCAUUAAUGAUGAUGAACCAUAGAAAGUGCACGGUUGAUACCAAGACCAUUAACAUGCAUCUGAAAGCGAAGAAAAAAAUACGUUUUCUUUAAAUUUAUAUAUAUACAAAAGACGUGAAUAUUUUCUUUACACUUUUCUAUUAGUUGUUAAUCACUUCAAUAUUUUAUUUGAUUGAAUCGAAAUUUCUUUUUUUUUUACUUUAUUUUACAAAUGAUCAAGAAUAUUGGAAUUGCGCAACGAUUUUUUUUGGAUACGAAAAACAAGUAGAGUUAAUAGAGUUAAGCUCAAAUUGGAUGAAAACUGGGAAGAAACAAUAAGGAUAGGAAAGUGAGACGAAUGCGUUGAUUAGAGUUUUAUCAAAUGGAAACAAAGAGAGAAAAAAAAAACAUUUGAAAGUGAUAUAUAAGUUGGUUUUAUAGUUAUACCAUUUAUGAUUUUUUUUUUAAAGAAGUUCAACUACAUAUACUUUAGGUUUCAUUUUCAUCGUCAAGAUUUUUCAUUGUCAUUUUUUUUGUACUGAAUUUAAAUACUCGAUAAUGGAAGAAUUGGAGAAUGCUCGAUAUCAGAGGGCAUAUUUUAGAUACACUUUUUUUCAAGCCAUUGAAAUUUUCUCUUCAGCAAAGGAAAGAAAAAAGCAAAUAAUUACAAUUCUGUUUUGUUCAAUCCCAUUUAACCGGCAAAAGAAACAUAAAUAUGAGACUAUUGUAUGUGUUUUAGUAGAAAAAAAAAAUAUUAUGUAGAGAGCGAUUGAAGAGGACUCCACAAAACUGAAGAAAAAAACACGGGAAAAGUUCGGCUCAAGAAGAAGCAAUCUUCAGAACUCGAAAAAAUAUGAAGUAACCGAAACAAUAUCUGCUCUUCCGCGCGUCCUCAGAUUGCAUAGUACUUAAGUCUAUCCAGUGUACUGUAUACCCGAACAGAAAGAAAGAUCGAAUUUGGUAUGGAAAAAUGUUUCAAAAACAAAAUUGCUAUUCAACUCCAAAGUAGCUACGUUUAAUCGAUUUUUUCUUUCUUUAUAAGUACUUCCAAAUUUGUCGAUCAAAUUUGCACGAUAACCGAAAGAAAAAUAAUCGAUUUCAAUGUGAGCAACAAGAAAAUUGCAAUAAAACAGGAGUAGUUGAAGGAGAGAAAAAGUAAUAGACAUGGUCAUAAAUGUUUGUUGGCAACAAUGCUAUACAGUGCUCUAGUUUAAACUUUUUACUAUUUCUCCAGAAAAAGAAAACACAAUGUAUUUCAUACUAAACAUACACCACAUAACAUGAACUAUUUGCAUAAGACUUAGGUGCCAGCAGAAGUGAUUAAACAUAAUUUCUCAUUGUAGUUUGAAUAGUGUCAUCGCGAAAGCUAAAAACUGUUGCUACUCACUCAGAAUAGCUACAUCACAAAAUCAGCUAAAAGUUGUACAAAUUGCAAAAUAAAUAGAUUCUAUGUUGAUCAGAACGGUGAAGAGAGAGAGAAAGAAAGAAAGAGAGAGAGAGAGAGAGCGAGAGAGAGAGAGAGCGGGAGGCCAGUUGUUGUUAUGCGCGUGUAAAGUAGAAGAAAAGAAUGAAGAAAAAAAAGAACAAGAGCAGAGUAACCGUUUUGCGAUGAUUUUCGUCAAACGGAAACUCACAUCUAAGCACCUAAUAUUGCAUGUAUACAAUUCAUACAUUAUAUUAAAGCAUCUAGGAGAUAUAGUCGUAUGGUAUAUAGUCGCAACACAGACCGUAAAGAAAACACUAGGCAAAACCAGAACUUAGAAUAUGUGAAAUCCACAGCAAUCAGACAUAGAUGGUUCUUGCACCAUGCAACGGAGAGAAAGAGAGAUGGAGAGAGUUUGAAUAUUAAAUGCAUUGCACAAUGUAAGCAACCACAAAAUCCAAUUUGGAAAAUAUUAUGACAGAGAUUUGAGCAACGGACACUGCACGUCUUCGCUCCCUCCUCUCUCUCUCUCUCUCUCUCUCUCUCUCUUUCUCUCUCUCUCUCUCUCUCUCUCUCUCUCUCUCUCUUUCUCCCCUUGUGUGUGCAAGAGUAACAGCAAAUUGACGACAUUGCAUUACGAUGUCGAAUCCAUGCCAUAAGUUUCGUAAAUCAAAUUGAGCGAAACAAUUGUAAAUUGUUCGAUGAUGGAUGCAUGAAAACGCAAACUCAAAACUCACAAAUCGAACGGUCUGCUCUUCGAUAAAAGCCAAUUUCAGCCAUCGUUACAGAAACAAUACAAUAACAAAUAGAACAUCCAGCAUCUUUUACAAAAUCUAAACUGAAUUAUAAAAAGCUAUUUUAAUUUUAAAACAAAACUAUAAGCAUAAGUGUUCUAAUAAAAUGAAAUCUUAAACUACAUUAA